AGUCAGCUGUAUAUAUCAAUAGAAUGAAAUGUUUGCCCAACAAGAAAGUCAGAGAGACUGUGUGAGCGAGGGAGGGAAAACGAAAAAGAGAGAGAGAGAGAGAGACAGAGAGAGAGAGAGAGAGGAUGAAAGGGGAAGGGAGAGAAGAGGAGAGGAAGGGAAAGAGAAGGGGAGGAGGAGAGUUUCUCCGUCUCAUCCGCUCCUCUCAAAUGUCAGCUGCUCAGCUCAUGACUGGCUCAGUUCCAUUCCAGACGGGGUUGCAGAAGGACACGAUCUUCUCACGAUCCGUUUCUUACCAUCAGGAACUAUCGCAGAUGCCGAGCCCGUGAUUGUUGCAUCCGUUUGGUGUGGAUCCAUCGUCUGCGCGUCAUUUAGAGCUGCUCUCUUCCGGCUAUUCAACACAGCACUCAGCUUCCGUUUGAGCUAAUCCGUGGUGCCCCACCUACGAGUGGCCGGAAAACAAAGGAGCUUUGCCUAUGCAAAAAUAAACUAAAGAAGGAAAACGAACGGCAGCAGCUGCAGUAGUGUGUAAUAGCUCAACCGACAUUGCCGCCUGGAUGGCAUUUCGACGUUGUUACGCGCUCCAGCACUGCUAGAUGCGGGACCGCCUUCGAUCUCAUACAUCAGCCGCCUGUGAUUCAAACGUUGUGGGGUAGUUACGUACGAAGCGGACGGUGCAAAAUUGGUUGAAGCCCCAAGGUGUUUUUGUGUUGAAUCCGACGACUUGUUCUCUUGUUAUUAUUCGCAAUGGCCAGUUGGUUGCCAGUGUGUAUCCUGUUCUACGUCUUUGUCAAUGGUUGCUAUGGCAACGGCUCAUCAUUGAGCAGCAUCGGAGGCGUCAUCGGUGGCGGAGGUGCUGGAGGUGACACUUUCUUUCCCGACUGGGGUGUGGGUGGUGGCCGAGCUGCCCAACCUACCUGCCUGGAUAUUCCGCGCAACUUGUCUCUUUGUCAUGGCAUUCGUUAUUCCAAAAUGCGAUUGCCUAAUCUACUGGAUCACGAUUCAAUGGCCGAAGUCAUCCAACAGGCGGCCUCAUGGGUCCCACUUCUCAAUGUCCGCUGUCAUGCCGACACUCAACUCUUUCUUUGCUCUCUCUUCAGUCCCGUGUGUCUUGAUCGGCCCAUCUAUCCCUGUCGGGGACUCUGCGAACGCGUUCGACAUGGCUGCGAGGGCCGCAUGAAGACUUACGGCUAUCCAUGGCCAGAUAUGCUCCGAUGCGACAAAUUCCCGCUGGAUAACGACAUGUGCAUUGGGCCACUCUCAACUGGCUCCUCAUCCCAAGCAAGUGAUUGCCAAGCCUGCGAAGAAGUUGAUACCUAUGAAAAUAUCAUGGACAAUUACUGUCGCGCCGAUUUCGUUGCCCGGACCAAACUUCGACGAGUACGACGCAAUAAAGUCAGCGGUAAAAAAUCAAAAAUGUUGAAAAUGUCGUCUGAAAUGCGCGAGGAAUGGCGCCGCAACCAACGCCCCAAUCUCAUCAUGGAACUUGGUGAUGACUGCUGCACUGAUCACUUCAAUACGGUAGCACUCAGCCGGACGGCGGCUGGCGGAAGCAAUGGAGGCGAUCGUUUCCUGGUUAUGGGCGUCCAGCGUAACGGCCAACUGGUACCCACUCUCAUUCUUCCAUGGACAAAAAGAUCCAAAGCUAUUCGCGGUGCGGUCAAAGCUUUCAAACAAUUCAACUGCUCCGAUCCUAAAGCUGUUUUCGCUUCUGAGACGGCGUCAUCUGUUAUCCAGGGCAACGACCGCCAACGAAGGGGUAAGCAAAUGCGAGAAAAGACAAGCACAACUACGACGACGACUUCGACCCCCACAACAGCCUCGACGACUCGGAAAGGCCGAGGACAACAUGGAGGAGGACAGAGGAGCCGAAGCAGAGCAGAUAAUCAACAUCAAGGACAAUCGGUACGCCAUCAACACCAACUUCAAUAAGAUAGACAUCGAAUGACGACAACUAAAUGAAAAGAAAUCCGCCGAUGGAAAUCCUAGUCCCCAGCGCAUUGUUUUUAAGGGCAGACAUCCACCCAUGCCCAGAAGAAAUGGAAAGAAUCAGCUUUGAAUGGAAUCUCCAGGUAUAUUCCUCGGCCGCAGUAAGAAAAAAGAACAAAAAAAAAAAAAAAUAAUAAGAACGAAAAGAAAAACAAAAAAAAAAUUCACAAAGCAGCUUUCGAACUUUUUCUCUUUUUAAAGUAUAUAUUCUCAGUAAUUCCAUGGCUUGUCUCCUUUUUUUUCUCAUCGCUGCGUAUCGUUGCAACAGUAUUGUUUGGAGGAAGUAAGAAUCGAUUGCGUUGGUCCCCCACAAGAGUUUCUGUGAAAGACUGAGAAUCUUGACCACUUGCUUUAUAUUUCCUCGCCUUUUUUUAAAGCACUCUUUGUUGAAAUGUGCGCUUUUUUUUGCCCCCUCCCCUCCUUUUUUUGGUGUGAAAAUAUCGUGAACGUCUUUUAUUUUCAAUUGGCUAUGGAGCUGUCGGAGGGAAAGGGAGUUGUAAGAACUUGUGUUCCAUCUCUCGGUCUGACCUUCGGAGUUGGAUCAUAUCAAGCUAAUAUUCAAAAUAAAACUUUUAAGUUCCAAAACGAA